CAUAUCCAUUUUCCGUUUUCUACUCUCUUUUUUCUCAGAAAUGGCGUCUUUAUUACCAAGCUUGUCAUCCCCAAUUUCCCGUCUAAGCUUACUACUAUAUCGACCCUCACUUCAGCUUACAAUCAAAGCUACAAAUAAAUUACAAUUUCGCAACAAAUCAGUAAAAAAAACCCAGUUGUUCAAAUUUUUUCCAGCUCAUUGUUUUUCUAAUUCAGCUUCUAAUUUACAAAUGGUUCAAACCCAGAAACAAAGAAUGGGAGAAAAUGAGAAUUUAGUUGUUUUGGGUAUUGAAACUAGCUGUGAUGAUACUGCUGCCGCUGUGGUAAAUAGCAAUGGUGAAAUUCUCAGCCAAGUUAUCUCUUCUCAGGCAGAACUACUUGCUCGAUAUGGAGGAGUUGCUCCUAAGAUGGCAGAGGAAGCACAUGCACUGGUGAUUGAUCAGGUGGUACAAGAAGCGCUAGAUAAAGCUAAUCUGACUGAAAAGGAUCUAACUGCAGUUGCUGUCACCAUUGGUCCUGGUUUAAGCCUUUGUCUGCGGGUUGGUGUGCAGAAAGCAAGAAAAGUUGCUGGUUCUCAUAAUUUACCUCUUGUCGGUGUCCAUCACAUGGAAGCUCAUACUCUGGUUGCCAGGCUAGUGGAAAGAGAGUUGCAGUUUCCUUUCAUGGCCCUACUUGUCUCAGGAGGGCAUAACCUUCUAAUCCUUGCACGUGAUCUUGGCCAUUAUAUACAACUUGGGACAACAGUUGAUGAUGCAAUUGGCGAGGCAUAUGACAAAACAGCAAAAUGGCUUGGUCUUGAUUUGAGGAGGAGUGGGGGCCCCGCUGUGGAGGAGCUAGCUCGAGAAGGAGAUGCCAAAUCUGUCAAAUUUAAAGUCCCUAUGAAACAACACAAGGAUUGCAACUUCUCAUAUGCUGGUCUGAAGACGCAAGUGAGGUUGGCAAUUGAAGCAAAAAGAAUCAAUGCUGAAAUCUCUCUUGCUUCAGCUUCCGAUGAAGAAAGGCAGGCUCGGGCAGAUAUUGCUGCCUCCUUCCAGCGAGUUGCAGUAUUACAUUUGGAGGAAAAGUGUGAACGGGCAAUUGAGUGGGCUUUGAACAUUGAGCCUUCAAUAAAUCAUUUGGUAGUGUCUGGAGGUGUUGCUUCUAAUAAAUAUGUCAGAUCUCGGCUUGAUGAGGUUGUGAAGAGGAAAGGCCUGAAACUUGUAUGCCCCCCUCCAAGCCUUUGUACUGAUAAUGGUGUAAUGAUUGCUUGGACUGGCAUUGAACAUUUCCGUCUUGGCAGAUUUGAUCCUCCACCUCCUGCAAACGAACCAGAAGAUGUCGUGCUUGAUUUGCGCCCAAGGUGGCCGCUUGGCGAGGAGUAUGCUGAAGGAAAAAGUGAAGCUCGCUCAAUGAGAACAGCACGGAUUCAUCCAUCACUUACCUCUCUCAUUAAGGCUUCUGUUAAGCAAGAGUCACAAUCUGCAAUUUAAAAUUACUCGAGACUUCUCUGCAACGGGUAUCCACAAUCAUGGACAUAUUCUUUUUGAAGACACUGAGACCACAAUUAAGGUGGUUUGCGUUGAAUCAAGAUUUGAAUGUGUAAUCAUUCUUGAAAGUUGGUGAGAGAAAAUACUUGAAGAACCAUAAUUCAAGAGCAAUGAUCCUCUGAGGAAAAACUCUGUAUUAUGAGAGAUUAAAAUGUCUCCCCUCGGUAUCUCUUGGUGCUAGAUGUGGUUGUUAGCAUUUUGCAACUGUGUUAGAAGUCAUCAUGGCAACUGAGAUUUACUGAUUUACUGUAUAAACUUUUGCCAUACUGUAUAGUUAUGUUUUAAAGAUAUGUUUUAUGCACGACGAUGCUGUGAGUUACUAUUCGUAAUGAGAUAACAUUAGUUUCUUCCGAUUAA